UUUUUUUUUUUUUAAAACCGUUUCUCUUCUUUUUAAUGGAUCAGCAAGCAGUUGAUAUUAAAAAUAAGAAAACUACUGCACCUACACCUCAAAACACACCCAUUAACACAGCACCUAUUAAUUCUCAUUUUAAUCCCUCUAUACCUGCUAUUACUGAAGAAAUGGAAACCAUCAUUACUCCCGGCGCUGCUUCUGAUAACCCUGCUCUUAUGAGUAUGCUUCAAGGUAAAUUGGGUAACCUUCUUGGACAAUCCCUUCCUGCUUCUGUUCAACGUCGUAUCAAUGGUCUUAAAUACCUUCAAUCAAAACAUACUGAAUUGGAGGGACAAUUCCAAGAAGAAGUAUUAGCCUUGGAAAAGAAAUAUUUGGAAUUAUAUCGUCCUUUAUAUGAAAAGCGUGCUGAAAUUAUUAAUGGUAAAUGUGAACCUACUGAUGAAGAAGUAGCUAUUGGUGCUAAAGUAGACGAAGAAGAUGAUGAAGAAGAAGAAGAUGAAAAAGAAAUCAACUCUAAAGGUGAAUCCAAGAGUAAUGAUGAUAACAUGGAAGAUGAUGAAGACGAUGAAAGUAAGAAUGUAACCGGUAUUCCUGAAUUCUGGUUGACAGCCUUAAAGACUCACCCUCAAGUCAGUGAAACUAUCUCUGAUGCUGAUCUCGAAGCGUUGAAAUAUUUGGUAGAUAUUCGUAUGUCUUAUCUCGAAAAGCCAGGUUUCUGUCUCGAAUUUGAAUUUGCCGAGAAUGAUUUCUUUACUAAUAAAGUGCUCACAAAGACUUAUUAUUAUCAAGAAAAUGUAUCUGGUGGUGAUUAUGUCUAUGAUCAUGCCGAAGGCUGUGAUAUUAACUGGAAAGAAGGCAAGGACUUGACUGUCACUAUCGAAACUAAGAAGCAACGCCAUAAGGGUACCAACAAGACUCGUGUCGUUAAGCGAACUGUACCUGCCGAAUCUUUCUUUAACUUUUUCAAUCCCCCUGUUAUUCCUGAAGACGAAGCUGAACUUGAUGAAGAUGAAGCUGAAGGUUUAGAUGCUAAAUUAGAAGCUGAUUAUGAAAUGGGUGAAGAAUUCAAGGAAAAGAUUAUUCCUCAUGCUGUUGAUUUCUUUACUGGCAAGGCUCUUGAAUAUGAAGACUAUGAUGAGGAAGAUGACUUUGAGGAUGAUUUCCUUACUGACGAAGAGGAUGAUGACGAUGAAGACGAUGAUGAAGAUGAUGAUGAAGACGAUGAUGAUGCAGCUCAACCUGCUCAGGGUCAAAAUGCUCCUGAAUGUAAACAAUCUUAAUAUGUAUUAUUCUCUGUCAUAAAAUAAAAUAUAAGCCAUACUUUAUAAAUAUCA